AUGUGGUUGUGUGUGUUUUAUGUGCUCGGCGUUGUCGACGAUGCCGCUGUCCCAUCUACCACGACGCCUCACGAAAUACUACAGGCGCCAAAGAAGAAUCACAUCUGCCAUGUCCCGGGAUGUGGCAAGCUCUAUGCCAAAACGUUCCACCUGAAGGCACAUCUGCUUUCACACACCGGAGACCGGCCUUUCGUGUGUCACUGGAUGUACUGCAACAAGGCGUUCACUCGCUCCGAUGAACUCCAACGCCACCUCAGAACGCACAUGGGUGAAAAACGUUUCCAGUGUGAACAGUGUGGAAAACGUUUCAUGCAAUCUGAUCACUACAACAAACACGUCAAGAUGCACGACAACCGACGCGCCCGUAUUGCUCCUGAUUCUCUUGCCGAAGGCGACGACGUCGGUUUUCAGUUCAGUGAUGAUAUUGCUAAUGGUUAUAGCGGUGACUUUCACUCAUUCGCAUUGCCAGAUUCUCCAAUAUCUGAAGUAGAUUUGUAG